AUGAAAGUAGAGAAGAUAAAAGAAGUAUUGGAUACUCCUAAUACACAAAAAGAAAAAAAAGCUACAAAACAGCUUAUCGAUUUAAGCAAAAGCCCUAUUCUUAGAAAAGAAGUAAUUGAUACAGAUGAGGAUAUUGCAAGCUGGAAUUUAAAAAAUGAUUUCAAAAUUCAGUCUAUAGAAAAGAAAUUCAUGCAUCCCCAAGUUAAGGCAGGCGUAAAACCACUCAGCAAGCCCACAGUUAAAGCCCAGCCUCAAAAACUUCGCCCUAUAAGUUUAAAAGAAAAAUCCAUCAAUAAGCUGAAAACUGAAAAAGAAUUAAUAGAAAUUCCGCAGCAUAACAAAGAAAACAAUUCACUAACUGGCUCAAAAGACGUAAAAAAAGUGUGAGAAAUUCUAAAAGAAGACCGUAGAGUUCCUCUAAGUUCUAUAAUCCUCAACCCUGCUCUUGUCGAAGUCAAAAGAACAAGAUUUUCAAGAGAGCAAACCCCUAUCCAUAUUCUGAUACGAAGUAAGUCACGGCCAGUAUCUGUGGAGCGAGAAAUCCGUAAUAGCUUUUCUAAUCUCGGCAUAUAA